GAUUUUUUUCAAAGAAAAAAAGCUACUUGAAAUCAUUUAUUAUGUCAAAAUCGGGCGUUCAAGUGAGUGAUGAAUGUUUAGAAUCGUUUCAUCAAUUAAAGCAUGGUAAAUCUAUAAAAUAUAUUAUAUUUUCUAUAAACGAUGGGAAAACACAUAUUAUUGUUGAAAAGACAUCUAAAGAUGUGGAUUAUGAAGAGUUCAUUAAAGAUUUGCCAGAAAAUGAUUGUCGCUAUGCAGUUUAUGAUUUCGAGUAUGAAUUGAAAGGAGAAGGAAGAAGGAAAAAGAUAUGUUUUUUUGUCUGGUCACCUGAUGUAUCUCCAAUUAAAUCAAAAAUGCUUUAUGCGUCUUCUAAGGAUGCACUUCGACGGGCUUUGAGUGGUAUUUCAAUUGAAAUUCAGGCAACUGACUUUAGUGAGAUUGUUUAUGAAAGUGUUAUUGAGAAAGUUUGCAGACGUUCAGUGGGAUAA